CUGGGGUUUGGAGUCGGAGCCGCUGCCUGAGACCCCGCUCUGUUCCCCGCAGGUCACCGCGUGUCAGCAUGGCGGCCACAAACCUGGAGAACCAGCUGCAGAGCGCGCAGAAGAACCUGCUGUUCCUGCAGCGGGAGCACGCGGGCACGCUCAAGGGCCUGCACGCCGAGAUCCGGCGGCUGCACGACCUGCAGAGACGCUGCGAGGACCUGGAGGCGCAGCUGAGGGCGAAGGAGCAGGAGCACGAGGAGCUGCUGCGCGAGCUGGAGCAGAGGAACGCGGCCAUCGCGGUGCUGGAGACCACCGUGCGGGAGCGGGAGAAGCGGUACCUGGAGGAGCUCAAGCUCAAGAGCCACAAGCUGAACAUGCUGUCGGGGGAGCUGGAGCAGCGCGCGGGCACCAUCGCCUACCUGACCGCGCAGCUGCACGCCACCCACGGCUACAGGCCUGGGCCCCCCAGGGACAAGCAGCCCGAGACGCCCCGCCGCCGCAUGAAAAAGAGCCUCUCCGCCCCCCUGCACCCCGAAUUCGACGAGGUCUACAGAUUUGGGGCCGAGAGCCGGAAACUCCUUUUGCGGGAACCGGUGGAUGCCAUGCCCGACCCCACCCCGUUCCUGCUGGCCAGGGAGUCGGCCGAGGUCCACCUCAUCAAGGAGAGGCCCCUGGUCAUCCCCCCCAUCGCUUCCGACCGCAGCUCCGGCGAGAAGCACAAGGUCCACGUGGGUGUGGCCCCCCGCAUCCCCCACGCGGUCCCGCCGCAGGCGCAGCCAGAGGUGGAGACACUGGCGGUGGACCAGGUGCGCGGGGGCACGGGCGUCAGGAAGAACUCGGGGACGGACCGAACUGUGUGAGGCUGCCACGCCCGCCGCUGUCCACACUGUGAUCACCGCUGCGGAACUCCCAUCACGCCAUUUUGUUUAGUUUCCAUGCAUGCCACACUCCUCAGACCCGCCACCGUUCCCCUCCCACCCCGUCUCUCACCCACGUGCUCGUGUCCCGCUGCAGCUCCUGUAGCAGCUGUGCCCCACGCCUGUGCCGCAUGGCCUGCUUCCCGCACACCCGUGUCCCGGCGCGUGGACAGCGGCCCGCAGGCUGCAUGCUGCUCAGUGUCAACGUGGUCAGAUAGCCACUCCCAUGGAGACCCCUCACCUCUGACAGGCCUUUCCCGGCGGCCCUGGCGGCAGGUGUAUGUGUAUGUCACGGGAACUAAAUAAGAUGACGUUGCUUCUCAUAUCACCGCAACCUGAAUGUGUGUUCAUAUUUUUUGUUAAGUUUUAGCCGAAAUGUUCAAGAUCCCAACAAACUUUAUUUUCUAAACCUGC